UCCUUAUAUCCCGGCUUUGAGGUAAGCGUCAUGAUGUGAAUCUUUGUCCUCAAGUUCAUCAAGUCAGGUCGCCCUUUUUUUAUACAGAUAAGACGACACCGGGAUAUUCUAUCUGGUCUCUGACUCGACUCAUACUCAAGGCACUCAAUUGUUAUGGCAGAAACCUUCGGAACGACGUUCGGCUGCUUGUUAAUAUCGUUCAUGAUAGACUUGAUUCUGUAUGGAAUGGGAUUGCUUCUUGUCCUGCAGUAUUUUCGCAAGUGCAGCAAGGAUGCGAUCCUAGUCAAAACGACUGUACUCGGACUCAUAGUUUUCGCCACGACCCACAUAGUUGGGAUGUGUACAUGGGUAUAUAGAACCUUUAUCACCGGCUUUUCGCGUCCAGAGCUCCUUAAUGAGCUUCCUCCAUCCGUUUCUAUUGAGAUCAUGUCCUUCUACAUCGUAUCCUUCAUUGCUCAAAGUUUCUACAUAUCGCAAAUAUGGAAGAUCAGCCAUCGCAAUAUUUGGAUUACAUCUCCGAUUGUGGUCUUAGCUCUCAUUAAUAUUGGUGCCGGAACUGCGCAAACUGUCACUACGGCACAGCGAGGUACUGCCAGUGGAAUCGAUGAUGAAAUCAACAAGAUCAUCACGAUUAUAGAGACUGGCGCAGCCGCUCUGUGUGACAUUUUGGUUACCAUCGCCUUGUGCGUCCUGCUAAGGAUAAAUCGUACGGGCAUUAAAUCGACCGACUCCGCAUUAGACUCCUUGAUUAUACUGGCUAUUAAUCGAGGAACUGUGACGAGUCUUGCCUCAGUCGUGGACCUGAUUUUAUACCUUACACGGCCGAAAUCGAUGUUCUUCAUGCUUGUUUUCAAUCCAAGCACUCAGCUCUAUCUUCUUUCGGUCGUCGGAAGUCUAAAUUACCGCGAGGGCAUGCGGGCAGGCUCAAGGCAUCGGAAAAAGGAAUGGCAUAAUUUUAAUACAACCGCAAACGACUCGUACAGUCUACCACUAGAGAAUAUAGGGCCUUCUGUACAUUCCUCUCGGGAUGGCGUUCACGUGGUAACACCCCAUUUUCAGGCAUGAAGAGAAAGAACUGAUUAGCGUUUGUAGUCGAAAUCUAUGGUCACUUGGAAAGACCCCGACACUGAAAUGGGAGCAGAUGAAUACGUGGCUAGUUAGAUGUGCGGUUUUUU